AUGUCUUCACAAACCCACCCAAUCACUCUUGAUAGAGGCAAACGAUUCGACGAGAAGAAUUUGGAGAGACUCAAGGAUUGCGACUCCAGGCAGGGGCAAUUCAGGGACAAAAUCGUCCAUGGACGCAAAUUUGUCACAGAGAAGGACGCCUUGGAUGUCCAAAGCCGCGAAGACUUUCAAAGCUUCUGGAAGACCACCCAAGGGGCCAGAGCCCAAUACGAUGCAAAUCGCGAGAUCGGGAUAGGAAGGGUAGCCAAGGGCAUGACCAACUUGGCGGCAUUGGCAAACGACAUCUUGCAAAACAUCAGCCCCAUCCUGGAUCUUGUCAAGGACUUUGGGGCGCCGUAUGGCGGCAUGGCGAUCGGGACAAUUUGUUUCGUGUUUGUGAUAGCUACUACAUUUUUGCAUAUCAAGGAUCGACUUCCAGGGAUCAAAGUAUAUCAACGUAUAUAUGCCGAUGACCACGAGCUCGACAGAGAGCUACAGAGUAAGAUUGUAGAAGCCUACAGCAGCUUUAUCAGUUUCUGCAUGGAAGCUUUCGAGUUCUAUACUCGGGGCGGUCUCCGUCGAUGGUUUCAAUCAUUGCAAAGCAACACAAACCUUGACGAGCGGAGCGCUUUGGUGCAAAAAUCAAUCGUCGAUGUUAGACUUCUGUGCGAAGACCUCCUCAACAAGAACGUAGACACCGUGAAGAACGAACUUAGGGACGUCAAGGCAAUAAACAUAGACCUCCAAGAAAACACUGACAAGAUCAAUCUUGAGAAGAUCAGCAAGCUCCUUGAAGUUCUUCCGUUCCCGGACGACAACCGACACGUCAAUCUCAGCAGACAUCAAGGCAAUGUUGCUGCUGAAUUUAGUUGGAAGAAUGACUACUCGGGCGCGACUGUCGAGGAAAGAAUGCAGGCAGUUGAGAACGACUCGGUUUACCAGGACUGGCUCGUUUGUUCCCAGUCACGCGUCUUCGUCAUUUCCGGUGCGAAUGAUAACCGCAACGCUCGCCACUGCUGGGUAUCUCCAGUGGCACUCAACAUGGUUGCCAGAUUCAGGAGCGACAAGAGCCUCGCAGACUCGAACAUCUACGUGUUUUAUCUGCUUGGACUGCGUGAUGAAGAUGACACCUGGGACCACGUUGCUUGCUUCUUGACUUACCAACUGCUAGAGUUGAAUAAGAGGGCCUUGCGGAACGAGGAGCAAUGCCGUCAGCUCUGGGCCGAUUUGCAAUCCUACGCCAACCUGAGAGCCGACUCUGCAAAAACGAAACCAACGGAUGUGACUGAAAAGCUGGAGCGCAUAGCUCUCAGGACUCUGAGUAUGUUUGAUGCCGGAAAGACAGUCUGGAUCAUUCUUGAUCGCGUAGAUAGGUGCCAUGUAAUGCCGGGACAGAGCAGCAAGACGAGCCGUAAGGGUGGCCGGUCUUUACUACGAAUGAUGGUUCACUUGGCGGAGAAAUCCCCAGUGACUGUCAAAGUUCUUGCUGUGGUCAACAGGGCUGACUGGCAUAUUGAGGACCAGGCCGACGAGAUGGAUGGGGAGAUGGUGGGAAGUCUGGUGGUACGGACUUAUCGACAAAAUGGCGAGCGUCUCUUUGGAGAUUUGUAG